AUGGCAUCUUGGCCCUUUGCCCAUUGGGGCUUGGACAAUGUGGGUCCCAUUGAUCCACCAUCGUCCUCGGGGCAUAUAUUCAUACUUGCUGCAACAGAUUACGUCUCCAAAUGGGCCAAAGUUGUCCCCCUCAAGAGGUCCUCGGUCUUGCGGUGGCUAAUUUCGUACGCCGUAGAUAGAUUCAGUGUCCUCGACCAAAUCAUUUCCUAUAAUGGUCCCCAAUUCCGAAGUAGCCAAAUUGAUAAAUUGGCUGAACAAUUAGGGUUUACGUGGAUUUAUUCAACCAUGAACCAUCCAAGGGCCAAUGGCUUGGCUGAGGCCUUUAAUAAAACUCUCUGUAACUCCUUGAGGAAAUCCAUCUCUGACACUAAAAGAGUUUGGCACAAAAGGUUGCUGAAAGUUCUGUGGGCAUACUGCACCACAACCCGAGGUCAGACUCAAUCGACCCCUUUAUCCCUGGUAUACAGAGGGGAAGUUGUUUUACCCCUGAAAAUUCAACUACUUUUCCUUAGGAUAGCCCUCCAUUAUGGGAUGAUAAUAGAAGAAGAACGAGUUGGUUUUCACUGCCAAGAAUUAGAUGCACUUGAUGAAAAAAGGUUGCAGGAGCACAAGAAUCGCAUGUAG